UCCCACCUCCCGCGUCCCUUGUCCCCUCCCCGCGCAGGCCGGCCGGGGCAGGGAGAUGGCGCUCAGCCCCCCCGGGCGGGGCGGGCAGGCGACCGAGCCCCCGCGGCUGCCGCUCCACUCGCCCUGGACCUUCUGGCUGGACAAAAGAAAGUUCUCUCCUGCAUUGGCCUGUCUGUCCCUAUGUGCUGCCCCACACCGUGGGUCGCUCCCUGGGACGACGGCGGCUGAGUAUGCAUCACAUUUGAAGAAGAUUUACACGGCACGCACGGUACAGGAUUUCUGGAGUGUCUACAACAACAUUCCUCCUGUGACAAAUUUGCCUCUGAGAUGUAGUUACCAUUUAAUGCGGGGAGAAAGACGGCCGCUUUGGGAAGAGGAAAGCAAUGCCAAAGGAGGCAUAUGGAAAAUGAAGGUCCCUAAAGAAAGUACGGCUGCAGUUUGGAAAGAGCUACUGUUAGCAACUAUUGGAGAGCAGUUUACAGAUUGUUGUGCAGCAGGUGAUGAAGUAAUAGGGGUUAGUGUCAGCAUUCGUGACCGUGAAGAUGUUGUGCAAGUCUGGAAUGUGAAUGCCUCUUUAGCAAGUGAAGCAAAAGUUUUAGAAAAGAUACGUAAACUCCUGCCACACACAUCUUUUAAAGCGGUCUUUUAUAAAUCACACAGAGAGCAUCAUGCUUUUGAAGGCUGAUGUGAAAAACAUGAAGUGCACAGUCUGUGCCAAGCACGUGUGUCGGUGUUUGGUGUUUUGAGGUGGUCUGGAUGAGAAGGAUGGUGGAAGCUCUGCAGAAGCACCACACGCAGCUGGCCCUUUGAGUUUCUAGCAUUUCAAACUGGGCUAUUGCUACUGAAAAUGAGGAAAAACAGUUGCUCUGACCGCUAAAUGUGCAAUUCAUCGCUUCUAGUUUGGCUGGGUUUUUUAAUUCUUCAUAAUUUCUUUAAAAAGAUAUUUUGGCUAUUGUUUUUUCAAUCAGAUUAUAUUUGCUCCCAUUUCAUUAAGACAGCAGGCUUUCAUUUCUUCUGUACUGUAUUUAGUUAAAUGCAAAGAUGCACAAAUAUAAACAGUGUUAAUCUUUAAAUGUUUGUCUGUAUUAAUUAUUUGAGGUGUUAGUUUGCUUUAAUAUACAACCAAAGAUUGGUGUAGUUCCUUUUACCAGAAGAAGCUGCCAGGUAGAGAUGAACGUACACUCCACUGAGCAUUACUUCAUUGUUAAGAGGUUUUUGUUUGGCAACUGUUCAAGUUGCACUGAUUUCCACAUCUUUAAUAUAUUAAGAGGCAGCCAUUAAAAUAAAAUUUUAAAAUAAGAAUUGCACAUUUGAGUUUUUUUUUUUUUACAACUUUAUCUGUAUUUAUGAAUUAAAACCACACAGUUAAUGAGCAUUAUUAAUUAAACAAAUUUUAUGAAAUUCAAA